AUGGAGGCAGGCAAGUGGUCAUUCUACCAUGAAAUGCCCGUGCUGGCGAACGCAUUUUGGAAGUCUUUCUGGGACAGCACUCCUCCAACCCUGACACAAGAAGCCGAGGCGGCAAUCAAAUUCUCCUUGAGUAUUGGGGGUCUGAACCGCUAUUUCAUCCAAGGUAUGGUGGACGAGAUAGACCUAUCGAAGAAGGUCCAUCGCCUGUCGCUCGAAUAUGCAAGAGGGAUCCUGCCUCAGAUUUGGGAGCAGGAAGGUUUUUGA